ACGAUAUACUUCCAGGACGGGUCCGAGGCGGCCGCUGUGGCCGCGGGCAGCGAGACCACCUUGACGGCGUGGUUCCGCUUGAACGCAGAGCCGCCCGACGGAUUUACGCCUCCGGCUCGCUCGCUGCAUUACGCCGAGGUGCCGCAGUUCUUCUCCUGGAACCGCAGCAGGAAACUCUGGCAACGCAGUUUCUCGGACCUCGCCACCGUCGUCCAUUCGGACGGCAAUCGCCAAACAUUCUACCAGCGGCGAUGGAACGACGACACCUCCACGUGGGAGAACUCGGACGUGCCAGAUUACCGGCGAGCAUGCGAGGAGCAAGGCUUUGCGAACUCCAGCGACGAGUACGCCCGCUGCAUGGAGGAGGCCGCUCGCCUACGGAGCGCCCCAGCGCUGCGCCGUCUCUUCGCCAUGUUGCUCCUCCAUUGCGAGCUCGCCUCCCCCGUGACCUUGUGGCAGCGAUUCGCGAAUGACCUCUGCGAGGACUUCCAGCGGCACCUCAGCGAGACCGACUCGGAGAACGCAGCGCUUCUGCACGUUCAAGAGGCACUCAGCCAGGCUGGGAAGACGCUGACGGACUUCGGAUUGCCAACGCCCACGGACCACGACGUCGCGGGCCUGCAGCCCCGAGAUGUUCGUAGGGAAACCGCCUACGACGCAGAAGAGGAAUGGACAUCUGCGCGGUCCCAUCGGUCUAUGAUGAACGACGCGCAAGCGAUCGUGUUUGACCAGGUCGCCGACGCCGUCAUCGGAGCCCGUCCGCUCGCCGUGUUCAUCGACGGCCCCGGCGGCACGGGCAAGACCUUUGUGUACAAGGCCAUCCUCCACCACGUGCGUGGCAUGGGAGAGAUCGCCCUGCCGUGCGCUUGGAGCGGGAUCGCUGCUGUCCUCCUGCCAGGGGGACGCACAUGCCAUUCCCGCUUCGGACUACCAGUGCCGCUGCCCUUGGACGACGUCGCUUCGAACAUCGGGUUCCAGACGAGCCGCGCCGAAAUCCUGCGACGAGCUAGAGUCAUCCUCUGGGGCGAGGCGCCGAUGGCCCCUCGGGGAGCACUGCAAUGCGUCGAUGCACUGCUGCGAGACGUUACCCAGACGGACGCGCCAUUCGGCGGCAAGGUGGUGAUCCUCGGCGGCGACUUCCGCCAGGUGCUCCCCGUCAUCCCACGGGUUGCCCGCGAAGACCUCGUUCAGCAUUCGCUGCUGAACCACCCUUUGUGGCGCGCGGGCGCUGUGGAGGUCCACGCCCUGACGGAGAACAUGCGGGCCAGGGGCGACGCCGAUUGGCAGCGUUUCCUCUUGGACAUCGGAGACGGCCGCGCACCGACCUUUCCGGACAUCCACCCCGAGGCCGUGCGCCUGCCCGACAACAUCGUCGCCCCCAGCCAUUGGGGGCCGGAGGACCUCGCGCGCGCCAUCUACGCCGACAUCGCUGCGUCAGCGGCGAGGUGCGUCGGGGGCGACGUGGCCGCCGAAGACUUGCAGUACUUCUGCGAUAGGGCGAUUCUCACUCCGAAGAACGCGACGGCCGACUCAGCGAACGUCGCUAUAUUGCGCGAAGCUUUCCCGGACACGACCGUCACGUACUACAGCGUGGACGACGUGGACGCCGCGUCGCCGGCGGAGCGGGACCUCUGGCCGACGGACUUCUUGAACAGCCUCACGCCGUCUGGACUGCCGCCCCACGAGCUCGCGCUCGCGCCGGGGGCCCUGGUCAUGUUGCUCAGAAAUUUAGACGCCGACGCGGGCCUGGUCAACGGAGUUCGCGCCAUCGUCGUCCGCGCGCAGCCCCGGGUCCUCGACGUGCUCCUCGCGUCUGAUACAGAGAUGCCGCUCGCGGGCGCCGCUUCCAGCAGUGACGACGCACCGGCGUUCCUGGACGAGGGCUCCGAGGCGCCGCCGAGCCCCGCUGCUCGGCCGCGACGCUUCGCGCGGGACCACGGGCCAGACGACAUCGAUGAGUUCGGGCCGGCGCCCCCAGACGAUGCUUCUGCUAACGUCGUCCUCGCACCGCUGCGCCUGCGCGGAGAAGUCGUGGACGCCCCAGCGCCUCCUGAGACGCUGUUCCAAACAUGCGCAGCCACAGAGAACGACAAUCCCAGUGCAGAUUCCGCCGACCCCAUGCCCUCAACACAGCUACGAUGCGAGGCCGCCAGCUCAUCGAAGCAGAGGGAGCGAUUCACCGGAUUCUUCGAGCGGCAGCGCGGCGCCCAUUGCGGCAUGCACGCGCUCAACAACGCCCUGGGCUUCGCGCUGCUCGACGAGGGGACCAUGGAGGCAUCCGCCCAUGCAUUCAUCGAGCAUGCCGCUUUAGACGGCCUCCCACAGCGCCUGCGCGACCACAUGAGCCCCUCUGGAGAUUAUUCCGAGGCGGUGCUGGCGUUUGUGCUUCAACGAUGCGGAAACAGUUUCUCCUUGAACCUCAAUGCUCCCGUUCUACCACAGGACGCGAUGAACAUUUUUGCGCCUAACGUGGUCGGGGUCGUGGUAAACCAGAACAACGCACAUUGGAUUGCGGUGAAGGCUGUGUCCGGCCGAAUCUGGAAGUUGGACAGCGCACCCGGUGAUGGACGUAGUGUUGCGGAGCCUGUACUCUGUGAGCUUAGCGACUUCCAGAAGCUCCUGCGCAGACAUCCCACCGCGUACCCACUGCUCGACAUCCG